CCCCGGCUUCCUUCUCGACCACCACCUCCGCCUGCUCGCAUGCAGCACCAACAGCAGCAGCAGCAGCCGACCCUCACAAACGUACGCAUCCGCUCAGUAGACGACGUACACCGCAUCUUCUUCGCCGUUCAUAGCGGUAUCUUGGACAUCAUCACCCGCAGACUCGAUGUAAGGGAGCGUCAAGCGCUGGACAGUGGCCACCUCUAUGUCUUCGAGGACCGUGGCCAGCACGCAGUUACAGGCAUCGGAAUCGAGCGCUUCACAGAAGGGAGACAUUGGUCUGCCUCCCGCGUCAGAGAUGAGUUUUUGUUCUAUUACGAGAAGUGGAAACCUCCUCGAAAUCAAUCCUCAGGCGCUCGAGCCGGGAACCAAGCUGAAGAUAUGCCGCCUCCUCGCGGAUGGGAGCAGAUGGUGAAGCAGACGUAUACUGCUUGGAUGACUUUAGGGUCAGUACGACGCAGAUUCCAUAUGAUCUACUAUUGGCGCCAGUCGGACGUAGACAGGAUGCGGAACGUAGAGGAAAUCGACGCCCUCAGGAUGCUGAGUAUACCACCGGGGAUAUUUCGCACUUCACGCACGUCCAAUCGAGGUCGGGGGCGCAGGGCCACCAACGCAAGCCCUGACGCGCAGCCUCAAGAACAUCAACCACCAAGACAGUCCACCUCGACCGAACUACAGGCCUCCACAUCCACUACUGCUUCCACGAACCCGCAGUAUUCUGACCUUCACAUCCCGAACCCUACUCCCCCUGCCACCCAACACGUCCAUCACUCCGCGCCACAGAACGACUCGUACUCCAUGUCUCACUAUACCCCAGAAUACAACUAUGCGUCUUCUGCUCCACCAAUAGCCUACCCACCCACAUCGCAGCCAUCGCGCCAUCUUCAACCGCCUGGGUACGAACAGCAGAGUGGGAUUGCGGAUGAAUCUAUCUAUGUCUUCUCUACUCCACAGGCCCAGACCUCGGAACAACACCUCUCGCCCCCUCCGCCCGCGCCGAAUAUAACUUACAAUUGGUCCCAUGCUUCUCCUCAUGACCAUAUCCCACGCCCCGCCUAUUCCCAAAACGAGUCCCUCUACGUCUCGCCCGACAACGACUCUCCGCUGCCAAUCCCUAUGUCCUACGUCACCGCCCAUAUGUCUCCACCAUCUUCCGGUUCAUCACUUUCUUCGCCACAUUCACAUCCUGCCAGCGAAUACUCUGGCCCGUCCUCUUCACCAUACGUCACCUCGCUCUCCGGAGCACAGAUCCCUCCAAAUCACUAUUCCAACUCGAUGUAUACUUCUCAUAGCGAUAUCCACAUGUCACAGCAGAACGGAUCCGCACUACCUCGCUCGCCGUUCGCGAUACCGGACUCGACCCAGUACGAACCGUUCUUCUCCAGUCCGACCGAACAACAACCCGACGUUCAAUUUCCCAUGGGGAACACCGCGGAGAACGGUCCAGAGAACCCCAACGGCGUUGGCCUCGCUCCUAUGUCUGCCUUGCGCAGGUUCCAUCCGUAUCGUCGUGAUCCAACCGACGACCAACUGCUAUCUGUUCUCGGCAAUCGUCGAAUCUGACCCUGACCCGCCCUCUUUCUCCCCGGCGGGCUUGCUUCUUGGAUGUUUGCACCUUCCGUUAUCCUUGGCCCCUUUCUCGUCCUCGUCCAUCACUUUGCUUAUUUGCGUAUUUCCCGCGUACCCCUCCUUCGUUCUUCAUCUCAUCUUUCGCACUGCUUCACUUCUUCUCAUCUGGCUUCCCCCUCGCUCCGUGCUUUGCCCUCACUUUGCUCGAUACCACCGCCCACAUCGCCCUUGUUCUCGCUGUCCUAUAAUUUCUGUUCUGCUCUGCUUUCUGGUCUUCCCUUCGUAACUUCUUCCCUUCCUCUGGCAUCUCACUAUAUUCCUCUUCCUUUCUUCACUUACCUUUACGGAAGGUUGUACGAGCUCACAUGUGUUACAUUACCACCGCGGCAGCAUCGGACAGUCUGGCGUUAUUGUUCUUCAGUUACUUUUUCUUUCCACUUCCUCUCCAACCUUCGUUUUCUUGGGAGAACACUUCCGUGUUCGAAAAUGAACGCAGAUCUGGAUUGACUUUCUUGGAGUUGAAGCUCGCAGUUUGGAAAGAGCCUGUCCUUGUUUGACGCGGCCCAUAUCAAGCUUUUUGAGUUUCUGGUUUUGACUUAGGCGUAGUGAU